AUGUCGGCGAGCACUUUCGGCGCAUCGUUCGGAAAGACUCCGCUGGAGGGAUUAGGCGAGGACGACUCGUGGGAGCAGUCGGAUCCGCUGUUCGACAGGCAUGCAGACGACGGCGAGGCUUUCGGAACGGACGCCGACCGGGACGGGCUGUACGCGGUGCUGAACCUCGAACGGACGGCGAGUGAGGAGGAGAUUCAGAAGAGCUACCGAAGGCUGGCAGCCCUCCUGCACCCGGACCGACACCGCGACCCUUCCCUCAAAUCCUCUGCCGAUGCCCGCUUCGCUCAGAUCCAGCACGCCUACGAAGUUCUCUCCGACCCACAUCGACGAGCAAUCUACGAUGAGCUGGGCGAGAAGGGCUUGAAGACGAACUGGGAGGUUGCGACGAAGGGGAAAACGGCUGCAGAGCUCCGCGCAGAGUACGAGCGGAUGAACCGGCAACAGCUCGAGCAGAACAUCGAGAAUCUCGUCAAGAGCAAGGGCGAGUUGACUGUCAUCUCAGAUGCGCGAGUAUUGUUCUUGCCGGAUGAGGAGCUCGAACGGCUAGGCGGGCCAGAGAAGCUGGGCAUCGUCGAGCGGUUGCAGACGGUCACGACACGGCAGCUCUUCCUCAAGCACCAGUUCACAACACCCCUCACUCCCUCAACCGCCAUCCUCGCCAGCACCCAGCUCGUCGCACGACAAGGCCAAGGCGCCGGCAACAUGCUGCUGAAGCUCCAGCACAACCCCUCGAGCCGACUUUCGCUCGAGCUCGGCACGACAGUCCUCCGUCCCCGCUCCUUUACCUUCAAGGGUACCUACUCUCCCUCACCCGACACCUUUGCCCGCCUCGACUUCCCCGUUCGCAAUCUCGCCGCACCCCCAAAAUUCUCCCUCGUCAUUGGCCGACGGAUCUACCGUCACACGACUGGAACGCUUACGUUCCGCUCAGGCGCAUGGGCGAUCGGUUCAUGGGGAGCGCACCUCCUCCAGCCGUACUCGGACAGCUCGAUCUCAAUCGGACUGAACCACGCGUCUGGCUGGGGCGUCGAAGCGACGAGCGCCAUGUUCGUCAAGCAGGUCAGCGUCAACUGGGCAAAGACGGUGCUGGGAGGCGUCAAGCUAUCGCUUGGUGGAGCGGUGACGAACGUUGGAGCGGCGAGUGUCAGCAUCAAUGCGGAUAGGCGAGUGACGGAGAAUGUCAAGGCAGGGAUGGGUCUCGAAGUUGCGGCGAACGGCGCGAUGACCGUCAAGCUGCGCUUCGCCCGCCUUGGCCAGCGCAUCAACCUCCCCUUCAUCGUCUCCUCCGGCUUCGACACGCGCAUCUUCCUCGGUUUCACCGUUGUUCCCGCCCUCUCGCUCAUCGCGACCAACCACCUCGUCCUCGCGCCGCGGAAACGCAAGCGCGUCAGCGGCAAGAUUCGCGAGUUGCGGAAGGAGCAUGCGGAGGUCAUUCGGGAGCGGAGGAAGGAGGCGCUCGAUGCGCAGGCGUUGUUGGCGGAGCAUGUCAAGAAGCGGAUCAAGGACGAGGAGGCGAAGAAUGGCCUGGUCAUCGAAGAGGCGAUCUACGGCGUGCUCGAGGCGACAAAGGAGAAGGUCGAAGAUGAGGCGAAACUUCGCUGGCUCGAUGUCACAGUCCCCCUCCAAGCCCUCCUCCCACCAUCGCUCUCGCAACUCACCAUUCCCUCCGGCCGAAGCAAGUCCUCCCUCCUCGGCUUCUACGACCCCGCCAUCGGCGAGAAGAAGGCUCUCCGGAUACGUUACAGGUUCAAGGGCAAGCUGCACGAGGCGGUAUGGGAGGACAAGGAGGCGGUCGCGCUGCCGAUGCGCGCUCAUCUCGUAGACAAGGAGGAGCGGUAA